GAGAAAACAAGUAGACUCCUGCUGUAUACACGGGUAAUAAUUAUUGUUCAAAUCUUAACUUUCUCUUCCCACUAGAUCCUGUCCAAACACCCACCCUUCUUCCUCCACAGAUUAAAAUAUACUGUAAUAAUCAAUGUCUGCUCUUUUUUUACUAGCUACUGCUGCUAUACACUUCUUAUUAAUCCUCUGUUUAUUACACUCAUAAACUUCUUGCCUACAGUUUCAUUUAAAGUGCAAGUUUUACCCGGUUUUAUCUGAAAAACGGACCCUUUUAAGGAAGCCCCCAAUCUGAUUUUGGAAGUUUUUGAAUUAUCAGUUCACAGCUGAUGCAUAUUGUUCCUGAAAUGAACUAAAUUAAGACUGGGGUUUUGGUGAAGCUCAUGCUAAAUCCUGGAUAUGGGAUCCUUGAAUGUGGAGAAAAAAUGGGUAUUUCCUCUUGUUAUCAGUUCACUUGUAUGUAUUUUUCUGCUUGCAACCUCCUUGAAUAUGGGUCUAGUCUCUUCUUUACACACCAUGAGUGCAAUCCUCUCAAUUUUUCCUUCGCAUGGUAUGGUAAAUCAAACGAGAAUAUCUUUUGCUGAAGAUAAAUUUAAGCAAUUUUCACCUCCCCCUCCUCCUGGUAUUCCACGUUUCGCCUAUUUGAUAUCUGGGUCAAGAGGUGACUUAGAAAAGCUUUGGAGAACACUUCAGUCACUAUACCAUCCAUUGAAUCAUUAUGUACUACAUUUAGACCUCGAAUCGCCUGCAGAGGAGAGAUUGGAGCUUGUAUCUCGGCUUGAAAGGGAACCAAUCUUUGCUAAAGUUGGGAACGUAUUCAUGAUUACUAAAGCCAAUAUGGUCACAUAUAGAGGACCGACCAUGGUCUCUAAUACUCUUCAUGCAUGUGCUAUACUUCUCAAGAGAACUAGAGAUUGGGAUUGGUUUAUUAAUCUCAGUGCUUCUGAUUAUCCACUGGUGACUCAAGAUGAUCUUCUCUCCACAUUUUUUGGUUUGAAUAGGGACCUGAAUUUCAUUGAGCACACAAGCGAUUUAGGAUGGAAGGAGGGACAAAGGGCAAUGCCACUAAUAAUAGACCCAGGUCUUUACCAAACAACAAAAUCAGACGUAUUUUGGGUUACGCCUAGGAGAGCUUUACCAACAGCCUUUAAGUUGUUUACAGGUUCAGCAUGGAUGAUACUCUCACGUCCAUUUGUAGAGUACCUCAUAUGGGGUUGGGACAAUCUUCCAAGAACACUGCUCAUGUACUACUCAAACUUUCUCUCCUCUCCUGAAGGUUAUUUUCAAACUGUCGUAUGCAAUGCCCCUGAAUAUGUACAAACUUUAGUUAACCAUGACAUGCACUACAUUGCUUGGGACAAUCCCCCAACACAACAUCCUCAUACAUUGUCCCUUAAUGAUUCGAACGAUAUGAUUCAAAGUGGUGCUGCCUUUGCACGCAAGUUCAAGCAAGAUGACCCUGUUUUGGAUAAAAUUGACAAGGAGCUACUGCACCGAAAACGUGGGAGUUUCACACCCGGUGGUUGGUGUUCUGGAAAUCCUCCGUGUUCCAAGGUUGGGAAUCUUAACAAGCUCAAACCUGGUCCGGGUGCUCAAAGGCUUCAGCACCUUGUAGGUAGAUUAAUUUUGUCAGCUAAAAAUGGUGAAAACCAAUGUCAGUAGAUAUUAGUUACUUCUAGCUGAGUGAGGGAAAAACCUGAUUUCUGUUGUAGCAUUCUUGCCUGUGGGUGGAAUUAUAGAAUACACGUAUUUCAGUUCGCAAGCCUCAUAAUAAUAGCUGAGAUGUUAGAUACAAAUCAAUUACCUCUGUUUUGACCUUUAUGUUUGAGCAAUAUAUAUGUAAACAAGUGACAAUUACUACAUAACUAUGACAUUUUCUCUGAGCUUGUA